AUGGUUGUUGAAAUGAUGAUUUUAGCACAUAAAUCAGCAACGCCUUUUCUUUCCGGGCAUUUGAAUCCCAUUAAUACGGAAGAUGUGAUCCCGUGGCAGGUUGAGGUGUUUACGCUAAGCACGAGGGUUUGGAGAAGCGUGUAUAGCGACAAUGUACCUAGUAAGUUUGUUAGAUUUGGUACUAGAGAACAGGUGGUUGUAGGUGGAGUUGUUUAUUGGCUUGCUCGUGAUAUGUUUGUUCGUGAUAGUGAUAAGCUGUUAGUUUCGUUUGAUCUGACAAGUGAAGAGCUUGGAGAAGUGAAGCUUCCGGAUAGAGUACCCCCUACGUAUUUAAGUUUGUCUCUGUUUAAGCUAAGGCAGUCCCUCGCUGUGAUUGAAGGCAGUGUAGAGGACUCUAAACUGGUUUACCAUGUAUGGGUGAUGAAGGAUGGUGUUCCAAAGUUGUUUGAAAAGCUCUUCACUAUCAGUGGUCACUCACCAGAUGGAUCAACCGUUUUUCUAAGGGGCUUUAGGAAGACCGGUGAAGCUUUAAUCCAAGUGAAGGCUAAUCCUGGCUUCAAUACAACACUUGCUGCCUAUGAACCCUAUUCUAAAGCCAUCACUAAUCUUGGGAUUAAUGGAAGAUGUAUUUCUGUGUGUUCCUAUACAGAAACACUGCUUCUGCUUUGA